GCGCUGAGAGGAGGGAGGGGGGAGGUUCGAUGCGCGAGGCGGGUAGUGGGGAAAAUGGUGAACAAUAAAGUCGCUCAACGACGAAGCUUGCUUUGCUGGGUUUCCCCUGAAGUUUUAGCCGUUUGUGCUGGUGGAGUGUGGUUGAUAGAUGACGCGGCCUAGCCAGCGUUGAACUUCGCUGUUUUUUUUUCCCUUCUCUCCCGCAUGGGCUUGGCCUGGCUGAUAACGAAACACGACAAAGCUUCACUGCGUGUUGCGACUGCUGGUUUGAUCCUAGAAGACAUUGCUUUGCCGUGUGCUUGCUCUUAUCGCUGUACAUGAACUGUUUAACUUAAAUGGCAGUUUAGUUCGUCACCCAUGAGGUUCUCACAUCCUGUUAUUGGUAUCAGCUCAUCUCACAUAGACCAACAAGAUAAAGACUAAGACCAUGUCUAGUAACUGUGAUAAGGAUAUUCAGGAUACCAUGACUCAUGAAGCCCCAAUAACAGAUAACACAGCUGCUGACACAAGCCAUGACUCAGUUACAAAUCACCAGAUUACAGAACAAGCUGAUCUAGAUUCUCAGAAUGCAACAUUAGACAAAAAAAAUGAGAAUGCAACAAAUGAAAAUGAAGAAAGCAUGGACAAAAUUAAACCUGCAAAAGAGAUGAAUCACUCAGAGACUAAAGCAGGAGAAUCUAGUGUUAGCAACAAAGAUUCAACCAGUGUGAUGGAUUGUGCAGAAGAUACCCAAGAAGAGCUCAGCAAUGGUAAAGAGAAAUCUGAUAAGGGGGUUGAGCUUACUAAGUCUGUUAAUGCAUCACCAAGCAAAACAGACUUGUCACAAAAUAAAACUGAAGCUCUUGAGUCAUCUAGUGCCAAAAGGUUUGGGGAUUCUGAAAAGGAAGUGGAUGAAAGUCAAUCUCCAUCUAGCAAUGGUGGUUUACAUAGCAAGAGUUUGGACAAAUCUGUGAAGUAUAGAUGCCCAAAGUGUUCCAGAGUGAUUAAAGACAAGAGACUUGUAGAUAACCAUUCCUGUGAUAUAGAGGUAGAGGAUGAGAAAGUCAAAAUCACCAUUGUGCAGGAUAAAGACAGCAAUUCUUUUAUAUGCAAAGAGUGUGAUUUUUCCAGUUCUGGUCAUGGCUUUGAAGAGCAUUUGAUGUGUCAUCUUAUGAUUCGGCCUUACCAAUGCCUUUAUUGCAAGGAGUGCUUUAUCAAUCGCAAAGAGAUCAGUCGCCAUGUCCACAAAGCACAUAAUGGUGCUAAAAUGAGCUGUGCAUUACGAGCAUUGAGAAAGGCCAAAGCUCUGAUAAAAGAAGUAACCACUGCAGGGGUAAUAAGCUUCUUGGCUAAAGUGGCAGGGAAAGUCCCCCUAGAGAGAGAUCCUGAGAAGAAAAAGCAAGGCACUGCUGAAAAUAAUGAGCAAAGAGAAAAAAUUCAGAGUACUUCAAAAGAAUCAAAUGAAAAUGUCAUUAAAGCGACAGAUGGUAAUGAUACAACAAUAGGGAAUGACUCUAAAAAGAUUUCAAGUGUUGAAUCAAUUGUAGAUAAAAAGUUAAAUUCUUCCGAAUCAUUGAUUAAAGAAAAGGAUGUUAAAGAUGAAACCAUGAAAGAUGCAACCGACAAAAAGGAGCCAUUAGGGGAAGACAAAAAUGAAUUGUGCGAUACUGAGAAGGGAGACACUAAUGAAGGCAUAGACGAUAAGAAAAAUGAACAAUCUACUGUUGGUUUUUCCAAGUUGCGACAAGCUCUUACUAUAGAAGAUUCUGAAAAUGUCACAGAAACUAAAAAAGAUGACUGUAAAGCAUCUAAAGACUCAGCUUCUGUUGAAGACACUGGUUUAAAAAUAAUAGCAUCUUACAGCCUUCAGGAUAGUUGUGAUCAAGAUAUGGGUAAGGCAGAGGAAAAUGUUUCAGGCAGUUCCGAUCCUGCUGUAGAACCCAAUUUUAUUAUGGAGCCUCCUAGUGAUUCAAAGCUUCAAGAGCCUGAAGUUUUAUCUUUUCUUGGUCCAGAGCAACCCAUGUAUAAAAGUGAGUCAGUGGGUGGCUUAAUGCUUCCACCUCCACCCUUGCAGCCUGCACCAUCUCAGCUUCACAGCCCUGCAUCAUUUCACAAAGGUGAAGUAAAAUGUUCAAAGAAUUCCAACUUCUUCAUCUGUGGUUUUAACUGUUUGUUCAGCAGUAUGAGCACCUCAGAGUUUAGGGAACAUUCUAUGAACUUUCACUCAGCUGAGACAUUUUUCCCAUGUUUUUAUUGCGGCCACAGAAGCCCAAAUGAGAACGACCUGGUUCGACACAUAUCAAACCACACUCAGACUCACAACAAGUCUUCUCCUUUGCUUGUUUGUGGGAAUGAUGGCUGCAGGUUUGGCACCAACAUGGUAAGUGAUUACAUCAGCCACAUAAAAACUUCACACCCAGAGAUACUAGAGCCUCUGUGCUACUCUUGUGGGAUCACCUUCCAGGAUCUUGUGAUGUUACAGAGUCAUGUAGAGGAGAAUGUCAUCCACAGCAUUAACUGCCCACACUGCCCCUCAAAAGCUACAGAGAGGAGAGCCAUCAUUGAUCAUAUUCAUUCUGCCCACCCUGGAAAAGCCAAAAUGGUCUCUGUUGCCAAACAGUUGAUUUGUAAUGACCGAAAAGUCAAUGACUAUGAGCACAUGAAGCACAUCAGAGAGGUGAUGCCCCCUGCUCUCACCCCUGCCCCAGGCUUCAGCUCCAAUGGAAACUCUGUUGUGGAUCAAAUUUUAAACAGGCAUGAAAUACUGACAUCACACUCUAGUGGCUCUCUCUCCCCUACAUCCUACCAUUCAUCACCUGCGUCUAAGAAAAACUCUGAGAAUCCAAAAAGUCCUAGCUCUGAGGGGUCAGACUUUGGCUUAUUAAAAAUUAAGGAUGAGGUUGAUGAUGAUUUUGAUGAAGAGGAAGGCUGUGGUGGAACGGAUGAGGCAACCACUGCCUACACUAUUGAUGAGGAUGGAAUCCGGAGGCGGAUCUAUGUUCCCAUGAGCGAGCGACAAGCAGAGAAUUACAAAUGCCGCUAUUGUACUUUCAUAGCUAGAGAUUUGAAACGGCUUAAUUGUCAUGAGAGGUCACAUGGAAUGCCCCCUACCAGAAAGGAACGAUUCAAAUGCAUGUUUUGUCCCCAGGGGUUUGAUAGUGAGAUGAAGUUUAGGCUUCACAUUACGUGUCACCCAGGUCUCAUCAAAUUCCUUCUCUAUCGCUGCAAGAAAUGUGAAUUUGACACUAACCAAAAACACACCAUUGUUAAACACAUCACAUGCAACAGAGAUCGUAAGCAUAGAGGUUUUGGACCUGUUGAAGAACAGUUUUCAGUUAUAUCUAGAUCUCUAGAGUCUAGGGUGUUGGAAUGUGAGAGAUGUGAUUACAUGAGCAGACACAAAAUCCACAUGGCCAUACACUACCAGAGGAAGCACAACAUUCUGAGAGACAAAGGAGAGUUCACCAUUGAGAGCCUGACCCCAACAGAUACUCCUGUCUCCUCAUAUGAUGUUUCAUACCAAGAUCCCAGCUUAUCUCCGUCAAACAGCUUGAUGUCUCCAGAUAAAUAUGAUGCCAUGUUUGACUUUCCAAAGCCUGCUAGCAGCACUAAAAAGACCAAAGAGAAACUAUCCCCAGAUGGACCUCACAUGACAACGAUGAUAACGGAAAGAAAUGAGCUUUUCAACAAGAUGGUGUCUCAACAAGCAGCGCUUCAGCCGGGGCAAGUUUUGGAAAAUCAAAUGAGAAAAUUCAAAUGCCCCAUUUGCAAAUACCUUCUUCCAAAGGCAGCAGAUUUGAAAAACCAUGUUAAACGUCACUCAGAGAUAGGUCAAAUAACUUUGGUCAUGUUUCGCUGCAAGUACUGUAGCUGCAUGUCUACUGCCAGGGAGUUGCUCUAUGACCAUCUCAGAGAGAAACAUUUGGGCAAGCCUAUUGCUCUAGUGAAGAAAAUAGUAGCCAUUGAUACAACAGAAGUUGACAGGACAUUUGCUGAGACUUCUAUGGAAGAAUCUCUAGACCUGCUGGAGGAAUCCCUUCAUAAAGAAAUCAUGACAAGCCUAAAAAAGCCUAGUUCUUCCCCUUCUAGGUCGCAGAAGUCAAGUUCCUCUUCAUCCUCAUACGAGCAGCUUUUUGUCAUACCAGAAGGAGGGGAAACAUUCAGUGCAGCCCUGCAGUGUCCCAAAUGCCCAUUUAAAUCUCAUAACAAAAGUGAGAUUGUCCAGCAUGUGACCUCUCUCCACUCUGAAGUCAAAGUUAUUGGCAGUGAUGAAGAUGUGGAUAAACUGGCUAAGGCUACAACUGAAGAUAUCAAACAUGCAGUAUCCAGCUCUAGUUCUUCCUCAAAACAUUCUGUCACUUGCCAAGAAGAGGUGCUCAUUGUUCCAGAUGACCAGGUGUUCAAGGAGCCAGCUCUUUGUUCAAGGUGUGACUUUUACACUAUGCUUCGCAGGGACAUGGUCAUCCACCUCCAAAAGAACCACCCUGACAUUUCAGUCAUGGGGCGCAACUCCUACCCUGUCCAGGUAUCCUCUAUGGGUCGUAGAACUGGUCUGGUGGAUGAGAGCUGUGUUGUCGGUAGUGGCAGUCUUGAUGCCAAAAUUCGAUGUUUGUAUGAAAACUAUGGGACACAAAUGAAAUGUUUGAUUUGUGGUAGUGAGCGACCUAAAAAAUUCUUCAUUCAUGUUCAUAUUCUUCGUCAUCUCAACAUCUACCUCUGGAAAUGUGCCUUCUGUGUGCACAGAGGCCUGCAAAAAUACAAAAUGGUGGAUCACAUUAAAAAAAUUCACCCAGGAAAAGCUAUGAGUGUCCGGUACAUCCGUGUCAAUGUAGAGGCCAGAGUGGCCCAGUUCAUGGCCCAGCAUAAUGUUGUCCGAGACAAUAUCAGUCCAGAUGAAGGAAGAGAAUUGUCAUCUUAUGAAGACUCCAUGGAUCAAAACAGCAAUGAUAGUUUUAGUUCUCGGCAGAAGUCUCCUGAUUCUGUCAACACACUUGGUAGUGAGGAACUAGAUGAGAAGAUAAGAUGUUUGUAUGAUUUCAGUGAUGGUGUCUAUUACAAGUGCAUUGCCUGCUCCAAUCAGUUCCAACGAAAGUUUGCUGUGCAUCGUCACAUAAUCAUAACACAUCUGAAGGUCGCUUUACUGGCCUGUGGUUACUGUGGAUUGGAAGGAGUGGAGAAACAUCAAAUGGUGGAUCACAUUCUGGCCUGCCAUAAAACAUCACCUGUCAGCAUCCAGACCCUUGAGGUUGACCUCAGUGAAAAAGUGUCUGAGUUCUUGACCAAAGUAGCAGCAGGAGAACUAACAUAUUGUGGUGAGGAUUCAGAGCAACAUAACUUUAGGGACAUCAUGAAAAGUAUUACUGGAUCCAAAUUUAAAGGACCUAAACCAUUGAUGGGACCAAAGUCUAAGAUAUUGAGUAGCAAGCUGUCCAAGUACAAGAGUGCAGGCUUAAAAUUAGCUAACAAAAAGUUUAGCAGCCUUGUUGACCCUGGGGUUAUCAUGCUGGGCAGGGAGGCCUUGGACAGGGAGCUGGGUUGCCUAUAUCAGCUGCGGCCAACUGGACAAAUUCGAUGUCUGGUGUGCCGGUGGGAGUUUCCACGCAAAUAUCCACUUCAUAGGCACAUUAUGUUGAAGCAUUUGAAGUUAAACCUGGUGAGGUGUCCCUACUGUCCGUUUGAAGGUGUUGAAAAGUACAAUGUAACAACUCAUAUUAAAGAAGAACACAAGGACAUGCCAGUAAACAUUCAGUAUUGCCAGCCUGACGUUAAGACAAGGGUGAAAGAGUUUGUCAAUGAUAUGGCUAACCUUGGUGGUGUGAGCCAUGACUUGAUCCAGAAGCCCAGGUCCAGGGACUCAUCCCCACUGGUUGUUCCUAAAAUUGAGAAAAAGGAUGAAGAUGAGAACGAGGAUGAAGAUAAUGAAAGUAAAAUGCACAGCAGCAGCUCACACGGAAGUCUUGUGGUUGCCAUGUUUGGGAAGAAAAAACAGUCCAGUGAGGCUGCUAAUGAUAUUGUUGUUAAGACAGAAGUUGUGGAAGAAGAAGGGGCUGAAGAUGAAAGCUCCCUUAAUGUGAAAGAAGAUGAAGUGGAGGAGGAAGAGUACCCUGAUGAAUUCGAUGAAGAUAAUUAUAAUGACGAUGAUGACCAGGAAGGACUGCAGCCUACUUUUGAGGAUUCAGAUGAUGAAUCUUCAUUUACAGGCAUGAGAGACGACUUUGAUGAUUCUUAUGCUCCUGGGUCUUACCGAUCACCUGCUGGAGGUAAACCUAAAGCGUUGGAUGUGAUUACCAAGAUCAAGGUCUUGAAAGCUAAAGAUGGCCCCAUCACAAAAUUUUACUGUGAGAUGUGCAAAUUUACUUCUUUACACAGGUCCAACAUUGUCAGACAUAUCUACAAGAUCCAUGAGAAGUACCAGACCCACACAUGUCCAUUGUGUAACUAUCAGACUUUGAGCUUGAUGCUCAUGCAUAAGCAUGUAGAUAAAGCACACCCAGGUGUUAAAUACAAAGAUGACUGUUUCACUUUGAAUCCUCCUCGUAUUAAACCCAGGAGUAGACCACUCAUAGGACCUUUAAGUUUCCAGAAAAAACGUCAAAAGCUCUUCAAUAAGAAGAUGUCUGCCAGUAGCCCAGCCAGUGUGAGCAGUGGUAGUGCACAGGGACCUAAGCAGUACGCCUGUGCUUACUGUCAUUAUGAGACAAACACACAGGAGGACAUCCUGAAGCACACAAGAGUCAACCAUUCUCAAGGUGAUGACUUUAUCAGAUCACCCAAAUCUAGUUCCAUCUUUUCCAAGUCGGAAGAUCGGUCCUCAGCUUGCUGGGAUGGUAGCAAGAAGGCAGUGAAGAGAAGGAUUGUAGACCCUGAUGGGGAUGGGCCAUACAAGCGUAAGAAACGAUUUGUCUUUGACAAGGGUGAUGACCUGAUCCAGUGUGGACACUGCGAAACCAAAGAAACAUCUAUGAGUAAAAUGCAGGAGCACAUCAACUGGGACCACCCAGAUAUGCCAUUCAAAGCUAAGCGCAUCCCUGCCUGGCGCUUCAUCUGCAAAUCAUGUUCCGUCAAGACAAUGGCCACCUCCAAGAUGAAGUAUCACUUGAAUCGCCAUGUGAACUACCGUCCAUACACCUGCACUAACUGCGGUGCAUUUUUUCCAUCUCCUGAUCAGUGUAGGCGACAUUCUAGGUCACAAGGGCAUGAGGAGCAAUACACAUAUGUUAGAAAUGUCAAGAAAGAAAACAGGGUGGAGGAACUCUUGGAAGGAACCAGAAAGUUGGCUUUGAAGAUUCAAGAGGAAGCCUCCAAAGACCCUGACUUUGAUAUCUCCCAAACAGACAGCUUCAUUUCUAAGUUCCAGGACCCCAGCUGUAACCUUAAGAGAAGUGCCCCCACUGGAAGCAGGAGUGCCAAGAAACCCAAGAUCCAACAUGUGCUGGAAGAUGGUACAAUUGAAGAGAGUGGGCCACCGAAAAAGUCUAUUGGCAAGUCUCCACAAACAGUUGGCGUAGAACUGGAUGUGACUGUCAAAUGCUACAGGUGUGAGUUCACUGCUUCCAAUGUCAGCGAUGUAAAGGAGCAUCACAUCGGGAGCCAUCCAGAUGAAAGGUUUCUUUGGACAGAGCUUGACAGAGGUUUUACAUGUGACAGCACAGGAGAGGCUCUGCCAGACUGUGAGAGUGUGCCAAGUUCCUCUUCUGAUGUGGGUUAUACAACACGAAUGACCUUGGGAUCAGGAAACAGUCCAAUGAGAUUCAAAUGUAAGACAUGUGACUUUUCCUCCUGUGUGAUCCAAGCAAUGAAGUCCCAUUUGAAAUCUCACCAGCCUAAAGGAUUUAUUUGUCCUUAUUGCAGUCGUUCCUUCUCUGGAAAAGAAAAGUUGAUGCGCCAUCAGUACUGUUUACAUAAAGGACAGCAGCUUUGGGUAAUCCACUUAAGGAGGGCAGGAGUUGCUGGCUCCACAGGUACAGGCAAAGGUAAAGGAAAGAUGACUUCAAUAGAAAAACAAAUAGCGGCGGCUAAACUAGAGUCAGAUCUUUCAGAUAAGGAAUCCUCCAACCUCGGAAAACUGAUGAAACCGAGCCAGCAGAAUGUGACGAUGUUUAAUUGCAGUGAAUGCUCAUACUCUACAGAAAGUCUUUAUAACUUCCGUCUGCACACAGCAGAGCAACAUGAAGAGUUUCAAUACAAGGUCCGGGAUGUUUCUGGAGGCACAGCGCAUGCAAAGUGCUUUAUUUGCUGUGCAGAAAUAGUCCAUGAAGCAGACAUUAUGUUACAUGUUGAACUGCAUUCUCAGUGCAGCUUGUAUCAAUGUGGCUAUUGUGAGUACAUCCACCUGGACAGGACUGAGAUUCAGCGACAUUUGGAAUCCAGCCAUGGUCCCUUUGAGCCUAGAAUGUCAGAGCUUGAAAUGGACUCAAAGGAAAAACUUAGGGAACUGAUCACUGCUAAGUUAAAUGACUCCCAAAUGCUUUUGAAUCUGUCCCCCGAGGUGGUACUGGAGAAAAUAAAUGACUCUUUAUUAAGCCAGUUAGGCUGUUUUGAGGACUCUGUGGAAGAUGGCUCAGUGGAGGACACUGCUUAUGAAGGUGAAGUUACCUCUGAAAUGGCCUCUGACACCCAAGAACCUGCUGAAGACUUUGAUGAAGGGGAUGAAGAAGGAAGGCUGAUGGUUGUGGAAAGAAUAGACGAGCUAGAGAGCAGGAAUGAAGAUGACAGCGAAGAUGAUGACAUGGAUGAAGGGAGUGAUGCACACAGAACUUUGGAUGAGUGUGAUUAUGAAGCCAGUCAGGACUCAGAGCCUCAGGCACCUGAUGUUCCAAAUGAGGGAAUGAAUUUACCUGGCUUUGAGUCAGACUUGAUGAUCAUACAGUUUGGAAACAUCAACUCCAAACCUGUUGAGAGUACUCCAGACAAACCUCAUGAACAAGAUCAUAUGGAUGGAGCUAGUGAGGAGCUGAAGAGCUCUGAAUCUUCUGCUUUAAUGCGGAGCAAAGACUCCACUCUUCUAGCGGCCCAGCAGAGCAAUGAUCAAGAGGACGAUGAAAACAAUGAGGAGCCUAACAAUGAUAAUGAUGAGGAGGAUGAUGAUGACGACCUGGAUGAGGUGAACUUUGAUAAUGACAUAACUCUGGCUUCCCCACUUCCUAUGAUCUCUCUUGGGGAUGGCGUUUCCAUGUCUCCCUCCAACAUAGAAGAGCGCAGUGCUUCCUCUUCACCAGAUCAUUCUGAAUUGCUGUUGGAUGUAUAGUGACUUUUUCUUGAGCACAAAACUGUGUGCCUUGCUGCAGAGUUGUCAAGCUAUUGGGUUGUGGUCUUUAGGAGGCAUUUCCUCUUUUAUUGUAACAAAUAAUGCAAAGCCAUUAACAAUACAAAAUAUAAUGGUUUUAGAGUAUGGGGAACUGUAUUUGUGUGUGUGUGUGUGAAAGGAUUCUAUUUGGCUGUUUAGUUGGAAAGAUAUAACUGCCUGAAUAUUGUCUUACAUUGUAAAUAGAGUUAGAGAUUAUUGUUUAUUUAAUUAUUUUUUUACUCAAUAAUCUGGAAAGGAUUUAUUGUAAAUUUUUGUUGGCAUAAUGUUUUUUUUUUCUUCUGUUUGAAGUAUAUGAUGUUACUUGGGAUGCAUUGUUAAUGGUAGUCUAUUUAAAGCAUGAACAUUUCAUAUAUUGAUCAUCUUUGUACAUUUUGAAAGCAGGUAACUUAUACUUCAAAUGUACAUAGGCUUGUUAUAAAAAACUUAUUAGUACAUAACAUUUUGAGCAAGAUUCAUUAAUAUCUAAAUGCUUUAAAGCUACUAGGAUAAUCUCUUUUGAUUUCAUGUAAAUAUAUUUCUCUGCAUUUAAUUUCAACUGCACAGGGAAAGAAAAAGCAAGCAGAUUUCACGGCUACUUUAAAGAUAAUUCAACUGAGGAAUAAAACUUAAAAUGAAGAGACUUAACAAGAGUAAUGUUUGAUAUACUUGUAAAUUGUCAAGACUGUGUACAGAUAUAGAGGGAAGGGGGGGGGGGGGGUACUGGGUAUCACUCGUGUCAUUUGUGUUGCAUUUGUUUCAUAAUGGUAAUCAUUCCCUAUUUUGUGGGCUAACAUUUAUUUGUACAGAAGUUGAUGUCAGAUUCAGAUUUAUACAUGAUAACAGAUGUAUAUAUGAUGUCUGUACAUUUCAUUAUUUAUAGCAUGUAUACAAUAAUUUAUUUCAGCUUUAUUGUGACAUAAUUCCAGUUCCAAAAUAAAGAAAAUGUUUUUCUUUUGUUUUUACUAUC